UACAUGUACUUCCGGUUUAUUCGUCUGGCACGUGGGUCGACUUGUCAAUAACAAUCAUGUUGAAUACGUAAUACAAUACGUUAUAUUUCUGAUAUUUUUAGAUCAUUUAUUUAAAAGAUUUGGUUAUGGCCCACUCGUCGUCUGGAAGGCCCGAACGACAGGCCCCUCCUGAAAUUUUUUAUGGUGAAGAUGAAGCCAGAAAAUACACAUCAAAUACUCGUAUGAUAGAAAUUCAAAGUCAACUCUCAGAAAGAGCUAUGGAGUUACUACGGCUACCGGAGGAUCAGCCAUGUUUUAUUUUGGAUGUAGGGUGUGGCUCUGGCCUGAGUGGCGAAACUCUGACAGAACAGGGGCAUUUCUGGGUCGGAGUGGAUAUCAGUUCUCAUAUGUUGGACGUGGCUGUUGAGAGGGAGACUGAAGGAGAUCUUGUUUUGGGAGAUAUGGGCUACGGAAUGCCCUUCAAACCAGGAACAUUUGAUGGCGUCAUUAGCAUAUCUGCUCUUCAAUGGCUCUGUAAUGCUGACAAAGCCUUCCACCAUCCACCGAAGCGACUUCUUAAAUUCUUCAGUACACUAUAUGCCUGUCUGAGUAGGGGAAGCCGUGCUGUGUUUCAGCUUUACCCAGAAAACAGCUCACAGUUAGAGCUAAUCACACAACAGUCUAUGAAAGCAGGAUUCACUGGAGGCCUGGUGGUCGACUACCCAAACAGUACAAAGGCCAAAAAGAUAUUUCUGUGUCUGUUUGCUGGUGGUCAGCCACAACAGUUACCAAAGGGACUGGGAACAGAGGUUGGCAGUAGUCAGGGACAACAGAUCGACUUCAACACCAAAAGGGAGAGGAUGAAGAAACUGCGAGGUGCCAAAUCUGCAAAGGGAAGCAGAGAUUGGAUCCUGGAGAAGAAAGAGCGUCGGCGAAGACAGGGGAGAGAAGUCCGACCAGAUACCAAGUACACUGCAAGGAAGAGGAAGGUCAAGUUUUAGCGUUGUAACUUAUUACUCUGUACUUUGUGUAUAUAAAAUAUUGUUUUGUUAUUAUUAAAUUCAAAUAUGUCAAAUGGA